AUGCCCCGAAUCAAAUUCGAAGAUGGGGAUAGCAAGUUGUCUUUUCCUACUGAUACAGGUGGAAUGGAAGUCGUUGAUCUAUCUAAACUUCUAGCCUCUGAUCUUGCAAACCUUUGUAAAAGUUAUGGUCUCAGGGUUUCGAAGCGAUGCAGCAGUGAAUAUUUGAAAGUUCUGAGGGCAUUUUCCAAUGACCCAUCGCAGUGGAGUAUUAUCGACAUGAAUGUCAACUCCUCUACGAGUCCCUCGCGGAAAAAGCAGAAAACGGUGAAAUCCAGUCGUGGACUUGAUCAAGAAAUGGAAUUGCUCCAGAGUAAAGGUGCCGAUAUUGAGAUCUGGUUGAACAGGAUUGAUUCAUUGGUUGACGAUCCUUACGGGAUCGUCACAGUCAACACUUCGACCUUGAGUGCGGUCUCUGUGUCUGCGAUAUCAUCUCUUACAGCACCUUUACCUCAGACUUCUGCAAAUAUUCUCAUGACUAAUGCAGCACCUUUAUCUGUACCAUUUUUCCGGGAAAGGCUCCUUGCACUUCAGUCGAACGACAAAGCCUUUGUAGAAACUUUCACUGUGGCCCUUGCGGGAUACCAGGCCAUUACCUUCACUUCUGCAGAUAUUCGAGAAUUUCCCGUUCUGGAAAUGCCUCGCUCGCCUCAUCAGUAUUUAGUGAAGCUGUUGAGUGUGUGGGACAACAGCUUUCCUACUUGGGAGUCGCAAGCUUGUCCCUCGGUUGGAGGGGUCAGAAUACCUGCAAAAUAUUGGAAAAUUGUUUUUUCAAAGGCAGGGCAUUGGAAAAUUGGGAGAUAUCGAAUGCAAUGGCAUCAAUGGAAGCUGUUGAUUGAGGAAUUGCAAAGUCACGAUAAUUGUCCUGAAUUGCUUUGUGAAAUCUAUGCAAAGAAUAUGCAUCCUGUGACCAUCAGCAACAUUGCCCUUGCAAUCCGGAGACACAGACUGCAGCGUACCAAAGACUCUAAUGACGAGCUUUUGGCUCAAGCGGGAGACGUUCGAGAGAAUCUCCUUCGAGACGUUACGCGCACUGUAUUCGUAGAAAGAAUAUAUUUCUACCAUAGUGGAACCCUGUGGAACCCUGCUUUCUUCCGUGAAAUGGUGCAGACCCAGGGGUCCGCCAGUAAUGAUUUCGAUGGUAAAAACAGGAAAUGCUUGACUAAGGCUGGACGGAAGCGCAAAACGAAACUGCAAUCCAAUCACAAAAAUGUUACAACCGUAGCAUCAUUUUCUCUGCUUUUGACCCAAACUCCUGUGGAACUGCACGAACCUGACAUUCCAUUGUUCAAGCACACGACGGAUCGAGCAGUGAGUUAA